UUCCAACGUGAUAACAAGAAUUUGAGGGCAAGCGAAAUGUCCCACAUCACAAAGAAAAGGAAAUUAGACAAAAAUGUGCAGGAUAACCUGUACUUUGACAGCUAUUCUGAUGUUACCAUUCACGAGGAAAUGAUUGCAGACACUGUCCGGACGAACACGUACAGGACAGGGAUACUGCGGAACAGCAGUUCGAUUCAAGGGAAAGUAGUGUUGGAUGUCGGGGCAGGAACCGGUGUUCUAAGCAUAUUUUGCGCCCAAGCCGGGGCCAGGAAAGUUUACGCGGUGGAGGCUAGUUCAAUCGCUGAUCAAGCUGUUAAAAUCGUUAAACACAAUAAGAUGGAAGACAUAAUUGAUGUGAUUAAAGGGACUCUGGAGACAAUCGAUUUGCCGGAGCAGGUGGACGUGAUAGUAAGCGAGUGGAUGGGGUACGCGCUGCUUCACGAAUCUAUGCUGAAUUCUGUCCUGUUCGCCCGCGACAAAUGGCUUAAAGCCGGCGGCCUUAUUUUACCUUCCAAGGCUGAACUGUACAUUGCACCCAUCAAUGACUUGGUGGUGGAGGACCGGCUAAGUUUCUGGUCAACUGUGAAGGACCAGUACGACGUGGACAUGUCGUGCAUGUCUGACUUCGCCAGGAAAUGCAUCAUGAGCAAUGACAUCACCGUGAACUUGGUGACGGUAGAGGACGUGCUCUCCCACCCCUCCAAGUUCGCCGAGUUGGAUCUGUACUCGGUUACCGCGGAGCAGCUGAAAUCCGUGAAGGGGGCAUUCAAGUGCGAGUGUUUCGGUUCGUCUGCCGUGAACGCGCUCUGCGUGUGGUUCACGGUAACCUUUCCCGGUGGCGAGGAGAAGCCCCUGGUCCUCUCCACAUCUCCGUUCAAACAGGAGACGCACUGGAAGCAGGCGGUGUUGUAUCUGGAUGAACCGGUGGAUGUUAGACAGGACACCACAGUGGUGGGCGAGGUCAACAUGUAUCCCUCAGAGGACAGUUCCAGACAUAUAUGCAUCCACGUGGACUACACUAUAGGGGAACUCAAAAAACAGUCCAAGACCUUCUCCAUCCCUGAUGGUUAUUCGGGAGAGGCUCAACAGUAGUGUUUAGGCCUAAUCUUUGACACUUUAAGCAGUGUCAACCUUACAUUAACCUGGCUUAGCAGCAAAGAGGGACACUUGGUAAUUAAUUGUAGGCCAAUGCUUAAAUUGUAAAGAAGGAAUGAUGGAAAGAAUCCCACUAUUGUUAUGUAGUUUAUGCUACAGAGUUUCCUGAUGUCUUUGAACUUGUGAAGGAGAGCCAAAAUGUUGUCAUAAUUGAUCUGAAUUGAUUACUUAAGUGGAUGGAAUUAAAUAAAUCAAAUCAACAAAUAAUAUAUUUUGCAAGCUCUCAAUUGAAAUUGUAUGCAACUCACUUUUUCUCAUGUUAAUAUAAACUUAUUUUCAUUUUCUUUACCCUAUGAGCGGGUCCUACAGUUGAAGCAAGGUAACAAUGUCAGGGCUAUAUAUUUAAAAAAAGACAUGUUAAAAAAGGUAAGGGCUAUAUAAAAUAAAAGAUGUUAAAAAAGGUAUGAGCUAUAUUUCAGGUCUUUGUAAGUGUCUGUUAUUGACAUCAGCAGUUGGUACAAUAGGCCUGUCAAAAAUCAUCAUAAUCUGUGUGUGGAUCACUGACAGAGAUUAUCAAUAUGGAUUUCUUGUCUGUUUGCACCGUGUACAAUAUAGAUAGGCAAGAUACCAGACCAAUUAACUGUUUACCAGUUUAAAAAAAUAAAUAUUUGCAGUUUUUCCAUCUCA